UUAAUCACAUGUCUGUUUUCCAUCUGCAUGAUAUAGUUAGACAGACGUAAUGGUGUCAGAUUGAGCUUGUAUCUAUGUUACAACUGUCUCGCAUUUGUACAUCAUAAGACUAUCAAAACAAGGUUACAUUAGUGAAAAUUGAAUUUGAUCAAAGGCAAAGAUAUAUAAAUGCUGUGUACAGAGUUUGAGUGUUUGGCGUAUGUUUUGAAGAACCUAGCCGUAGUAUGGUUCUAUAAUCUCUAUAAAUUGAAACUAUCACAGAGAGUCAGCGAAUGAUCACAUAAUAUUUCAAGGAACACAAAACACAUUACUAACAAUCUAAGGUCAUGAACAUUCUUUACAAUUUUGCGUCGCGAAAGAGCAAAACGAGCAGGUGCCAGUGACACGAAAACUAACAUGGUCUAUAUAUCAUACAUUAAGGGAUGACUUAUCUCUACAACAGAGAAGGAUAGACACACAAACGAAAACUGAAUAAAACUGUUCAUCUAAUGGGUUUUAAUGGGCUCAACAACUGGGCUUUAGAAGUAAUAACACUAUAACAGUUUUGGACCAUUGCCGUUAAUUUAUCCGCCUUGUCUCGGGGUGAACUUUGAAAGCAAUGAUAGUUCUGGGGUGAAUGUUGAAGAUAUUAAUAAAUAGAGGAGUACUAUUGAAAUUUUCCGGCUGUUCUUUUUUUCUAUUUUGUCGUUCCCCGGCAAAAUUUGCCGAAGUCACUAGCACUAUCGCCGGCGAUUCGAACUCUGGAAAAGAUGCAAUCAGCGGCGAAUUUUCCACUGAAAUGGAAUCUGUCGCCACUUGUGUCAUCCUCGAAAGUUCAAUUAGUGAAUCUUAAGUUUCGAAAGGCUCACGCGCUUCACUGUUUGAGAUCAGAAGGGCAUGAAGAAAAGUUUGAGAAUUCUUCUCAGGACAAACUUGGAGUGUCUUCUGUUAUAAAAGAAGAUAAACAUAAGGAUAUAUGGAGCCUCUUUAGGGAAGCUCAACAAAAUAUCCUUUACUUAAACAAGCAACGCCUAGCUGCAGUUGAGGAGUUAGAGAAGCUGAAGAAUGAGAGAGUUGAAUUGCUAGAGAAGAUAAACCAAUUGGAAGAAGAAAGUCAUAUUGUAGUCAAGAAAGAUAAGUCAUCUAUAUUGUGGGAGUUACUUCUCCGCGUUGAUUCAAUGGUGCUCAAUGGAUUGAUUGGUACCGAAGAAGCUUCAUCCAUGAGACAACUGGUUAGGGAGCAUCAAGCGAACAUCUCUGAGUUUCCUCUUGAUGUCCUGCAACAGGGAGAUGCCCAAGUUCUAGCUGAACUUAGACAGUUACCAAAUAGAGGCAAAAGGAAUGGUCUCCACGUAAUUCACAUUUGCACCGAGAUGGAUCCACUAGUUUCUGUUGGACCUUUGGCUUCAUAUAUUACAGGACUCUCUUGUGCACUCCAAGGCAAGGGCUACUUGGUUGAAGUCAUACUGCCAAAAUACUCUACACUUGAUUUGGACGAAGUUGAAGGGCUUAGAGAAAUCGAAGCUGAUGCAUAUUCUUAUUUCAAUGGCCAGCUUCAUGCUAACCGAAUAUGGAAUGGAGUUGUCUCUGGAGUAGGAGUGACACUUAUUCAACCAGUGUAUUACGGUUCAAUGUUUAGCCGUGAUAAAGUAUAUGGCUAUUCAGACGAUGUUGAUAGAUUUGCCUACUUUUCUCGUGCUUCGUUGGAUUACAUCGCAAAAUCUGGGAAGCAGCCUGAUGUUUUACACAUUCACAACUGGCAAACUGCAAUAGUUGGACCUCUGUUUUGGGAUGUUUUUGUUAAUCAGGGACUUGAAGGUACUAGAAUACUCUUGACAUGCCAAGGAUUUGACUCGAAGUGUCUUGUGCCUCCUGAGAAGUUGGAGCUAUGUGGGCUUGAUCCAGCUAGUGUUCACCGUGCUGAUCGCUUACAAGAUAACACGAAUCCACAACUGGUUAAUUUACUGAAGGGUGGUAUUGUCUACUCGAACAAAGUUGUAAUAAUGCCAUCCUCACCUUCUGAGGGUAGGACACUCCAUCGUAAUUCAAUCCCUGGACUUGAACCAACUUUAGCUGUUCACAAGGAGAAGUUGUGUUUUGCUCCUUUUGGGUUGGACAACUCGAAAUGGGAUCCUUCAAUAGAUGUUUAUCUCCCUGAAAACUACAGUGCUGAAGAUAUAAAGGGAAAAUCAAUAUGCAAAGCUGAAUUGCAGCGUCAACUCGGUUUAGUGGAGGAUGUUUCGACCACCAUUGUAGGGUGCAUCUUCUCAGAAAUAUCAGGUGUUGAUCUUCAGAGCUUGAAGUCACUUGUUCGGAGAACAGCAAAGAACGAUGUCCAGUUCGUUAUAAUGAUGAUGAAUGAAGAUCAGAUGAUAAUCAAGGAACUUGAGAAAGCUCAAGAUGAAAUUGAGGGAGGAAAUCUAAAAGUUGUGACAGGAAACAAUGAAGUUGUUUCUCAUUUGAUUUUUGCGGGAUCAGACAUUAUGCUUUAUUUAAACUUCUUCCAAGAUCCACUUCUCCAAGUCCCUCUCAAGGCUUUGAAGUACGGAACGGUUCCAAUCGAACUAAAUCCCCAAACCGGGCAUGUUGGAACACAUGAACAAGAGGCCACCACCACUGCUAAAAUUUUCAAUUCUUUAUUCGGAAGAAUGUCCUUAGGCCAAGCAUUGGAUCUUAUGAAAAAGGAUGGGAGGUUGUGGGAGUUAAAGAUAAUGGAAGCAAUGGAGAAAGACUUGUGCUGCGACGUACACGUCUCUGCAUAUACUUCCAUUAAGAACCUGUGAAGAAGCAGAAAAAGAAGAAGGUUUAGAUUGGUUUCCCAUCACAUUGAGAGUCUCAGUGUCAUGUCUUUUGAUCAAUUCUUGCCAAACCUAUAAUAUGCAUAUUGGUAACAUAUAUACACAUAUAGAUCAGUGUAUUUACUUUUUGUAAAAUUAUAAUCGUUUGGAUUUUGUAAUGUAAUAGAUGUUAAUGUGUAUUAUUAAAUUUUACACGAUGUGA